GGGUCAGGGGGCGUCUCUUCCGGACAAGAUGGUUCCGCGGAGGCGACGUGGGGGGUGGGCAGAGGAGCCCACGCUGCCCGCGGCCGUUCCCUUUCCCCCCUCCUCCUCGUCGGAGGAGGACGAGGCGGAAGCCCCAGAGGAGGUGCCCUUUGAGCGGGCCAAGGCGGAGGCUGAGGCCAGGCGGAGCCUCGCGGAGGCAGCGGCGCGCAGGGAGCGCGCGGAGCUCAGAGCGAAGCGGCGGCGGCGCCAGGAGCUGUUCAAGGAGCAGAAGGAGAAGAAGGCGCUGCCCGCGGCCGUGCUGGAAGCGCUGCAUCCGGCCCCGCCCCACAGUGAAAACAAAGAGUCCGACUCGACCAAUGAAGGCAGAAAGGAAGAUGGGUCUGACAAUGGGAUUGAAGAGUAUGCCUCAGGAGAGGACAGUAAAGAUGAAACAGUGACUGUUAGGUUGAAGGAAGGCUAUUCAGCUGUGUGCUUAAAAGGCCAGGAUCUAACUAGCUGGCACCAACAAACAGCUAAAGACUUCAUACAUAACCAUCUCUAUGGACCAGGCACCAGCCGAACAACUGCAAACCAGUUCUUCUCUCUUGCAAACAAGACAAGUCAGGUGAAAAAACCUGCAGUUCAGUUUGUGAAGAAAUCCUGGGGAGCAGAAAAAAAAGAGAGAGCCCAGCGGUUCAAACAACACCGGAUUUCAAAAUUGGAAACUGCAACAUGAAACAGGAAGUGCUGGCUCAAUUUAAAGUGAAAGCCUUCAAGAAACAUUUGGAAAACUUGUCUUUAUUUGCUAGGAACCCUGUUGACAGCAAUAAAAUUAGUGUUG